AUGUCUUCCCCAAUUGAUGGACCUCUGAAGCGCAAAGCAAACGACCUUCCUUCCUCAUCGCCUGCAGAACCCAAAAAGCCAAAGACCAACGCGAGCAUUACUUCUUUUUUCGGCGGCCCAAAGUCGGGUACGAAAUCCUCCAAGCCUGCCGGAAGUGUUGCUAACGGGUCCUCUUUGAUAUCGUUAGUGACUCCUAGGUUCGAUAAAGCGAAAUGGGUUGCAAAGCUUACUCCUGAGCAAAGAACUUUACUGAAGCUCGAGAUCGAUACACUGGAUGAGAGUUGGCUGGCACAUCUGAAAGAUGAGAUAUUAACUCCAAGUUUUCUUAAUCUCAAGCGCUUCCUCAAAAGCGAAAUCGAGUCAGGCAAGAAGGUGUUCCCACCCUUGGAAGAAAUCUAUUCCUGGUCCCGAUACACACCUCUGCCGUCAGUCCGCGCGGUGAUCCUUGGUCAAGAUCCCUACCACAAUCACAAUCAAGCACAUGGACUCUGCUUCUCCGUCCGACCUCCUACCGAGGCCCCUCCUUCCCUCAAGAAUAUAUAUCUUGCGCUAGCUAACGACUAUCCCUCGUUCACGCCUCCACCUCGCAAACUGGGACUCCUCACCCCAUGGGCUGAACAAGGGGUUCUGAUGCUCAACACCUGUCUCACGGUCCGUGCUCAUGAACCAGCCAGUCACAAGGACAAAGGAUGGGAGCGCUUCACUCAGAAAGUGAUCGAUACUGUAGCAAAGACUCGGACGAGGGGAGUGGUAUUUUUAGCAUGGGGAUACCCAGCACAAUUGAGGUGUAAAGGCUUGGGGACGACUGGAAAGCAUCUGGUAUUGCAGAGCCCACAUCCGAGCCCGUUGAGUGCGUAUAAAGGGUUUCUGACCUGUGGACACUUUAAGAAAACCAACGAAUGGCUGAAGGAGAGAUAUGGCGAUGAGGGUGUCAUUGAUUGGAAUCUGGACCAGCCGAAGCCGACUGCUGCGUCCAAUGUGGAAGGUCCUGUACGGGUUACUGCCGAUCCAGCGAAGGGUGCAGGGGAAGCCGACCCAUCGACACAACUUGCAGAGGAGAAGCAGGAGAGUGCUGCAACGGACCCAGUGGUCGCGGGUGAGAAUAAUGGUCAAAGCCCUGAAGAGGAUGACACGGAUGCUAUCGACGCACUUCAAGAGAUGGCUCAGGCAGAAUUAGAAGCAGAGAAGAGAGAGUAA